AUGUGUCUCGAUCUCGUCGCAAAACACUUUACACUGACCUCUACAAACACAAAGAUCCAUUCAGACUCUCCACUACGAUUCACUGACGGCGAUAAUCAUUCAUGGCUUUUCCUGGACAAACAACAGGCUAUAGAUGGGGAUGCGCUGCAACAACUGCUCGAGGAGCUUACAUCGACCCCUAAAUGGAGCACCAACACGUAUACAAAGGCCCUAAUCAGCCAUCCAGCUAUCAUGACAUGCUUACAAAAUGACACCGCGACCUUUGAUAUGCUUUAUACCAUGUCAAUUGACCUGUCCAAGCUUGUAGGUAUCCCUAGCAUGCAACUGCCAGGAUGGAGGGUCGAGGAUGGACGUGAUUGGUUUAGACAAACGUAUCCUGACAAGGCAAAUCUCGUCAAUCACGAAAGCGUUCUACUCAUUCGCGACGACGCUGACAAUGUCGGCGGCUUUUUGUUAGCUUUGGAAGACACUCAGGCAGGUUUAUCGCGGGUAUACAUAUCCGAUCUAUUUGUAUUUGAAGAGUAUAGGCGCAAAGGUCUUGCGUCCGCUCUCAUCCGCAGCUUGAUCAAAGGUUAUCAUACCCAGAAGAGCGCUUGUAUCGUUUGUUUGACAGUCUUUUGCGAGAAUCCAGGAGCAGUAGCAGCAUACUUCAAGCUCGGGCUCAAAGUAGACGAUGUAAUUUGGGUCAUUGGUAGUAAAUGA